AACAGGGAGGAAGGCAGCAGCACACUAGCAGGCAGUGUGGGUCUCCACGAGUGUGUGGGAAGUGCCGGGCGCGUUCCUCUCCUCCCCGCCGUCGCCUCUCACGCGCUCCACGCCCGUCCUCAUCUGACGACGAUUAGCCGACGCGCCCGAAUGAAUCCCAGGCCAUCCGCAGGGGAUCAUCCAGGCCUCUGGCGAUUCCUAGAUCAUCACUAGUCAAUCUACUGCAGUCUCGACGAGAUGGAAUGAAACACCUGGUUUUCCAGUGAUCAUUCCUCCCCAGACUUAUUUUUUCCCCCUCCCUCCCUCCCUCGCUGCUGUUGUCGUUAGGACAAACGGGCGUGAUUGCCCUCUUAACAACAGGCUUCUCGUGCGUGGUCUGGGGGCUGUCCGUCGACGAAAGCAUGUGAAGAAAUCCUCCGUGUGGCGUUUUUGAUUUUGAAGAGUCUCGUCGCCGCAUCGUCGUUGGAAAUCUGAUUUAUCAUUUAUGCAUCGCGCGUCGACGGGGAUGGGUAUUUAGAGGAUCACGUUGAUCCCCCUGGUAUCGAAACGCACAGUCUGUCUGGCAUCCCGUCGCCGGUGUUAUAAAAGGCGAUUUCACUGAUGGAAAUCUGUGCCUCGUCUGUUGAACUGAAUCUCUUCCGUCUUCAAACCGGCAGUAGUCUCGGCAAGAACAAGAAGAAGAAGAAGAAGGUUAAGAGGGACUAAGAUUGGGCAAUAAAACGUCCAGCGAGUGAAAAGAUUUCAAGAACGGCCAGGUUGUCGAGGAUUACCGGGUAUCGGGGAUUACUGGCUCUUGAAGAUUACUGGUUAUCAAGGAUUACAGGCUAUCAAGGCUUACAGGCUAUCAAAGGGUUACGGGCCAUCAGCGCGGUGACAAUCAUGAGGCUACCAGGUAACCCUUAAUGGUGACAAUUUUGAAAUCUGUCGGCCGGGAAGAGUUCGAAUGAAGAUGAUUUAUUUAUUCAAGGGGCCAGAGGAACCGUAACCUCCUCCUCCUAUUCCUCCUCCUCCCCUUCCUCUUCCUGCUGCCUUUUCAUUUCAUUCCUCCACCUCCGUUUUUUUUUUCUUCUUUCCCUGGAGCACUGUUAUGUACAGAGUCUGGAACCCUGGAAAGAAAAAGGGUCCCUUCUUCUCCUCGUGUCGUGGCCUACAAAACAAACCUCAGCUCCCUCGCUGGUUAAUUAGUCCGAAUAGCCUGGCGACGAACUAGUAGUCUGUCCCUUGCUAUCACAGAUACCUGGGUUUUUAAUCAGAGAAAACGUUUGGAAAUGUGAUGGCCUGCCCAACGUGACUCAAAAAUUUUUUUAUCGGGAAAUUAACCAGAAACGCCUGCCAUACCUCAUUGACAUCCAUAGCUACCAGCCACCCGAACUCCGCCAAGAGUUUGGAAAGAACAGACGGUCGAAGUCAACAACAAAAGUUUUUGUUUUGUUUUGUGUGUGUGUGUGUUUGUGUGUAUUCUCAACUUUGUCUAUCGAACGAGGUCCCCCGCCCGCCAGUUUCUGUUUCGACAUGAGCAGACCUAAAGGACCGACAGCGCGUCCUUUUAACAGGUGCAAGAGUGCCACCUUCCACGUGGACGGUGCAACAUACACUAUAGUUGCAAGUCCACCAGAGAGAAAGAAAGACGCUCUAGAGGAAGCGGCCAUCACACAACCCGGCAGCAAAAAUGGACAGCUUGCAAAGCAAGGGUCUCUGACCAUCCUCAGACGGUCGAGCAGUCGCAGCCUGGGGGGGCGGGGCUCCCGCGUCUCCUCCCACUCGGAUGAAGACCUCCUGGAUGCCGCAGACCUGGCCCAGGACGCCCUGCCCUCCGCCGACAACCCCGACGCCUGCGAGAAGGCCGCCCUAAGACUUCGAAGCCUCCUGCGAGCCCUUCAGAAAGGGGAGGUUGCAGCGUCCGUCCUUCAGCAGAACUUGCAGUAUGCAGCGGAAGUCUUGGAGUCCACCUUCCUGGAUGACAGCAGCAGGUGUGAGGAGACGCAGGACCGGGCUAUCACCAUCAGUCUUGAGCCCUCCUCCACCAGGAAAUUCAAAAAGGCUUCUGCUCGGGACAAGUCUUCCAGGCGGCAGGUGGGAGAGGAAGACGACGACCUCUCCGAAGUCGAGCCGGACGCCGUUCCUCAGGAGGUGCGCGAAUGGCUGGCCUCCACCUUCACCAGGCAGCUCUCCACCGCCCGGAGGAGGACGGACGAGAAGCCCAAGUUUAGGUCAGUUGCCAACGCCAUCCGCGCGGGUAUCUUCGUGGAGAGAAUCUACAGAAGGCUUUCUUCUGCCACUUUCCUCCAUCUGCCUCCAGAAGUCACCAAGAUACUCAAGAGAGUGGACGAUUGGGAUUUCAACGUGUGGAGUCUGCACGAAGCAAGCACCAACACCCCACUCCGAUGUCUUUCAUACGAGUUACUUAAUCGCUACGGCUUACUACAUAAGUUUAAGAUGCCCCCGGCCACACUCGAAACAUUUUUGACCCAAGUAGAAAACGGAUACCAAAAGUUCAAGAAUCCCUACCACAAUAAUGUCCACGCAGCUGAUGUUCUCCAAACGAUGCAUUAUAUGUUGUCACAAACUGGUCUUAUGAACUGGUUGAACGACAUCGAGAUCCUGGCCACGCUGAUGGCGGCCAUCAUCCACGACUACGAACACACCGGAACCACCAACAAUUUCCACGUCAUGUCGGGGUCAGAGACCGCUCUUCUCUACAAUGAUCGGGCCGUCCUCGAGAACCACCAUAUCUGCGCUGCCUUCAGGUUACUGAGGGGAGAGGAGAGUAACGUCCUCAUCAACUUGUCCAAAGAGGAAUAUCGAGAAUUCCGAAGCCUUGUCAUAGAGAUGGUCCUGGCGACAGAUAUGUCCUCUCAUUUCCAGCAAAUCAAAGCACUGAAAGCGAUGCUCACCAUACCUGACACCAGUGGUUUUGAUAAAGCCAAAGCUUUAUCACUUGUCCUUCACUGUUGUGAUAUCUCCCACCCGAGCAAGGAAUGGUCCCUCCACGAGAGAUGGACGACGCAGCUGCUGGAGGAGUUCUUCAGGCAGGGAGACAAGGAGAGGGAGCUGGGUCUCCCUUACUCUCCCCUGUGUGACAGAAACAACACUCUCGUGGCAGAGAGUCAAAUAGGUUUUAUUGACUUCAUCGUCGAGCCUAGUAUGGGAGUCUGCGGAGAUCUCCUAGAUAAAGUAGCAGCCCUGUCUAUACCUGCAACUCCACCCAUCUCUGAGGAGCCUCAGAAACAACAGAAUGAACCAGGUGGCCCCAUCAAGAGACCCGUUAGGCCUAGCGGUGUCGUAGGCACAGAGGUUCGACGCCCCUGGCAAGAUCACCUAGCCACCAACAAAACUCGCUGGAAGGAACGCGCCGCCAAGGAUGCGGAACUCCGCGCCGAGCUGGCGCUGGCGUCCAACGUGAACGGCGACACGACAGGCAACCCGAGCGAGGAUAACGAAAACGUGAUAAAGGAGGAAGAUGAGAAAGACAUAAUCAAUGAGGCGAACGAAGAGAACGCCGAAUAGGAAUUGAAGGAGGACACAGUAACUCUACGCGAUAGGAGGGUAUACUAUCGUUGAUGUCAAGGUUAUUACUGUAUUUCUGGAAGAUGUUUAGAAGCCAGGUGUGAUUGCAGGCAGUAUUUUUUCGAAAGAGACAGUGAUUUCCGCCAUAUUCGCAACUUCAAUAAUGAUAAAGUGAGCACGAGUCCUCUCUUCUCGUGCCGUUACCGUGAACAUUUCACAGGACUUCGCUUCGUGGCGAAGUUGGAAAGUCAGUGGUGUUUACCUGUGUCGUUUCCAAACUUAUUAUUUAUUAUAUUCAGCUUCUACCUUCCAUGAAAAAGAGAGAGAAAAAAAUUAUCUUGUCUCUCUUCUUCUUAGACGUUUGUUUUUUUUUGGAAGAGAUGCCGCUGUGAUGAAAACAAAAAUUCUGAUCUCUCGUAUUUUCUUAUGCUACCGUUAUUAAUGAAUGUUAUUGAACCUCAGCCACCCCAGCAUCUUAUUUGAUAUAUAUAAGAGAUGUGAGCUGCACAAUCCGAUCAUAAUUCUUAUGAUUUUAUUGUAGUGUAUAAAUAAGUGAUCAGCCAGGUAUGAGAGAUCGAGCCAUUUUCGCACUUACGUCGAAUACAGUUAAGGUCUGGUUUUGCUGUGAGCUAACUGUAGAUAUCCACAACUGAUAUCGUUGAAGUUUCUGUCUCACUUCUGAUUGGCUGAUGGGUGGAGAGCUGCACUGAUUGGCUGAUGGUUGGUGAGCUGCACUGAUUGGCUGAAGGUUGGUGAGCUGCACUGAUUGGCUGAUGGUUGGUGAGCUGCACUGAUUGGCUGAUGGGUGGUGAGCUGCACUGAUUGGCUGAUGGUCGGUGAGCUGCACAAGCUUCUGCCAAUCACAAUUAGCUUCAGUGAUGUCAUUUGUGGGUAUUUACCGUCAGGUCCAGAAAAACAGACAUAGUUUUUCAUUAUGAAAUAGGGAUUAGGGGUCAUAUUAUCAACCUAAAAUUAUGUAUUCACGCACAAAAAUGUUUAUGUAGCCUACAGCGAUUCAUUGUACGACAUUUCUUUUCUUUAGGCAGUGGAAUCGAUGCAAAAA